GGAGACACUACUCUGGCUGACUUGUACAAAGGUUCCAUGGAUUUAAAGGUGGUCAGCAUAUUGUCUAAAAAGUGUUUGCUCUGUGCCUAAUACUGUGCUAUACAAAAAGAUGAGCAGAGGGAACAGGCGAGACAUAUUUUUAUUUUUACAUUAGCUAACACUUUGCUCUGCCUACAGAGAAUUUUAUUGUUAGGGGAGACAAAAUAACAUUCUAAGGAAGAAUUCAGGAAAUGCAUAACCUUGUUCUAAACUUUCUUGGUGCCCAUAGGUAUGAGGAACAAAAAGAUCACUGUUAUUACCUGGGUAAUAAUUUCAAGAUGCCAGGGCGUUCCAAUUCCAAUUCAGGUUCAACUGGUUUCAUAUCCUUCAGCGGUGUAGAGUCUGCUCUCUCCUCCUUAAAAAACUUCCAAGCCUGUAUCAACUCUGGAAUGGACACAGCUUCUAGUGUUGCUUUGGAUAUUGUGCAAACUCAGACUGAAGUGAGUAGUGAAUAUAGUAUGGACAAGGCGAUGAUUGAAUUUGCUAUAAUGGAUCGGCAACUAAAUCAUUAUGUAAAAGCUGUUCAAUCUGCAAUAAAUCAUGUAAAAGAAGAACGUCCAGAAAAAAUACCAGAUUUAAAAUUAUUAGUGGAGAAGAAAUUUUUGGCUUUACAGAACAAGAAUUCUGAUUCAGACUUUCAAAAUAAUGAAAAAUUUGUACAGUUUAAACAACAGCUGAAAGAUCUGAAGAAGCAAUCAGUGAAACCUAAAGAAGAUGGAAGAUACAAUGAGUUGGCCAAGAGUAAGGAUAAGGAUGCAAGUAGAGCAGGAAAUGAACGAGGUGGUCUUCAAGCUGACAGAGAGGCUGAUGGAACAGAAGGAGUGGAUGAAGAUAUGAUUGUGACCCAAAGUCAGACCAACUUCAUCUGCCCCAUUACACAGCUGGAAAUGAAGAAGCCAGUGAAAAAUAAAGUGUGUGGCCACACCUAUGAAGAAGAAGCCAUUGUUCGCAUGAUCGAGUCCAAGCACAAGCGGAAGAAAAAGGCAUGUUGUCCUAAAAUUGGCUGUAGCCACACAGAUAUAAAAAAGUCAGAUCUCAUGCUGGAUGAAGCACUCAGAAGGGCAAUUGAGAGCCACAACAAGAAAAAACAUCGUCAGUUCGAGUAGGGAAAAGCCACCUGCCUGCAGGGAAGUCAGCAGCCUACCUCCUACCCCAGCCGCCGGUGAGAGCAGUGCUUAUCCAAGCAGUAAGGACUGGCUGGGUAGCAUACUUUGUUUGGGGUAAACUUCAUGGUUUCAAAGGUGAUUGAAAACAUUUUUCUAAAUUACACAACAAAAAUGCAAGCAAAUUAUUUUGUUUAUUUUUAAGUGUUCUAUAAUGUUAAAUAAAACUUUGACUAUCUGCAGUGU